AUGUAUGAUACAGAAACAGAGAGUGAAGAGGAGUGCAAGGGGAAGGGUAAAGCUGUCGAAAAAAAAAAAGCAAAAAAGGAAGAAAAAAAGCAGGUUGAAGAGUUGGCAGGGGAAAAUACAAUGGAAGAGGAUGAGAAGUCAAUGUCAUUCGAGGAGGGUGGGUAUGGGUAUAACUCUGAAGAGUUGAACACGCCUCCUUCAAGUGGUGCUGAAGAGGAUGAAAAGGUUGUCAAUCCAAAAUUUAAUGUGCAUGAGGAGUUUGGUCAUGUACACUUAGAGGUAGGAAUGGAGUUUGUGAGUCUUCAAUUAUUUAAAAAUGUUGUCAAAGACUACAAUAUUGAUCUAGGAAGACAAUUCAAGUGGCUGAAGAAUGACAAAGUGAAGGCCCGAGCAAAGUGUAGUAAUGAUGAAUGUGAUUGGAUGAUUUACUGUUCGUGGAACAACAAAAUGAAAGCUUUCCAAAUCAAGACUUUUAAUAACAUCCACACUUGCUGCAGACUUUUUAGAAACAAGAUGGCAAGUAGGGAUUGGGUUGCAAAGAAGUUAGAAAAAAGGCUAAUGACACAGCCGAACAUGACAAGGGCUGAGGCCUACGACCACAUGAAAGAGGAGUACAAAGUUCAUGUCCAUUUGAAGAAAGUGACCAAAGCACUUCAGAAAGCCAAGGCCAAAAUAGAAGGGUGUGAAAAAGAACAGUACGCAAAAUUGAGAGACUACUUAGGUGAGCUAUUGAGAAGCAAUCCAGGGUCUACAUGUCAAAUGCAAGUGAUCCCACAACCUGAUCCGAACUCCUCUCCCAUAUUUUCUAAGUUGUACAUUUGUUUGGAUGCAUGCAAGAAAGGGUUCAAAGCUGGCUGCAGGCCCUUAAUUGGUUUGGAUGGAUGUUUCUUGAAAGGAUAUUAUGGAGGUCAAUUGUUAAGUGCAGUUGGGGAGGAUGCCAACAAAAGUUUCUAUGUCAUUGCAUAUGCAGUUGUUGAUAUGUAUUGCUUAUUGGUUUUUUUGCCAAUGCUGCAUUUACAUGAUUACAUAAACUGCAUUUUUUACUGCAUUGCUGAUGUUAAGUGCAUUGCUGACGUUAAGUGCAUUUCUGAUGUUAAGUGCAUUGUUGUUAAUGGGCUGAUUCCAGCACUGCAAGAGGUGAUGCCUGGUGCAUAUCAUCGUUUUUGUGUGCAACACGUUUGGAAGAAUUUCAUAAAGCAAUGGAAAGACAAGGCAAUUCGAGCCAUGGUUUGGGAGUGUUCAAGAUGCACCACUGUCCCCCAGUUCCAGCAAUGCAUGGCACGGUUGAAAGUAAAGAAUGAGGCUGCAUGGAAGUACUUGGAUGGCAUCCAGCCCUCAAGUUGGGUGAAAGCUUAUUUCAGCCACUGGCCGAAAUGUGAUAAUAUCACAAACAACAUGGCAGAGGUAUGGAAUGCCAAGAUCGUUGGAUAUAGGUCAAAACCGAUUAUCACUCUAUUGGAGGAACUGAGAUGCUACAUUAUGAGGAGGAUGGCUGCACAUCAGAGGGUGUUAGGAACUGUUCGGGGUAAAAUAGCUCCUGCUCAGCAAUUGAAACUGGAUCAGUUAAAGGUUCUUAGCAAUUCAUGGACACCCACUUGGACUGGAAAUCUGCAGCAAGAUAUGUAUGAGGUCAGUGAGAAAGGUGAUAGAGUUGGAGUCAAUUUAACAACACAUACAUAUGCAUGCAAUGUAUGGCAGUUGACUGGACUGCCUUGUGAGCAUGUUAUAGCAGCAAUUUGUCACAAAAACGAGCCAGCCGAGAACUAUGUCCAUCAAUGGCUUACAGUUGAUGCAUUGCAUGCCACAUAUGAGCACACCUUAAACCCAGUGAACUCGGACAAGUAUUGGCCUGCAUCUGAUGAACCCAAACCUCUUCCACCAAAACUGAAAAGGCCAAUUGGGCGACCCAAGAAACACAGGAAGAAGGACCCAACUGAAGACCAAGGGAGCAUGACAAAGAAAGUUAAAAGGACAUAUGAAGCCAAGUGUAGUAAGUGUGGUCAGACUGGACACUAUGGCAAGAGUUGUAAGGGGCCACCAGCUUCCAAAACAGACAAGAGCCAAGCAAGACCACAAUCUGUGAGGAUUGACACAGACUCAGUAAAUGAAAUCCCAUUAAGUCAAGGAGGCCCGUCAGAAAUUGGUAGUUCUCAGGCACAACAAGUCAACUUGAGAGGAUGCAGCCCACCUCCUUCAAAUCCAGAAGAAGCAAAUGCAGUGUUGACUGAAGAGACAAUGAAGGCAGCCAACACUGGCACACGAAGCAGAUUUAUGCACUUUAUGACAACACCUGGUUUUAUGCCACCAAGGCGAUCCUCAAGAAAAUGA